CAUUCAGGAAAAUUAGAAUUUUGAAAUUAUCAGUCAACUGCCUAACUCUAUAGCUAUUGCAGAAAAUGUAUUAUAUAUGGUAUUGUACCUUGAAUAUUUCUGUUAUCCUAGUGGCAUUUUAUAUGUUUGGUAGCUUUUCAACUCAAUGCAGUGCUUUAUUAUUUCUUUCCAUUUCAUUUAGGACUCAAUUGAUCAAAGAAAAAGAUGACAUAGAUUAUUAUCUGGAGGUGAAUUUCAAAGGGUUGUCAAAAGAAGAGGUUGCUGCUUACAGGAACUCGUACAAGAAGAACAUCUGUGUGGACAUGCUGCGAGAGGGCUAUCAUAAGUCCUUUACUGAGCUCUUUGCUCUGAUGGAGAGGUGGGACGUCCUGAGGGAGGCUGCGAAAGUUAGGUCCAUCUUCUGGCUGCAGAAACCCCUGGAAGAGCAGCCCGAGAAGCUGGAUCACUUCUACCACUACCUGACCAGGGCUGAGAACGCUGAAAGGAAAGAAUACUUUGAAGAUGUAUAUAAUAACUUGUAUGCUCUGGCCUGUUACUUCAAUACUCCUGAAGACAAGUGGGUAAGGAAUCACUUCUAUGAACGAUGUUUUAAGAUUGCUCAACUGAUCAAAAUUGACGGUGGAAAGAAAGAAGCCGAAGCGCAUGCACACAUGGGCCUUCUCUACGAGGAAGAUGGUCAGCUUUCUGAAGCUGCUGAGCAUUAUGAAGCAUUCCAUCAACUGACACAAGGGCGGAUAUGGAAGGAUGAGACAGGCCGCUUUCUCAACUUGUUGGCCUGUGAGAGUCUCCUGAGGACUUACAGAUUACUCUCAGACAAAAUGCUGGAAAAUAAAGAAUACAAACAGGCCAUCAGAAUUCUAAUAAAAGCUUCUGAAAUAGCCAAAGAAGGAAGUGACAAAAAGAUGGAAGGGGAGGCUUCCUAUUACUUGGGCUUAGCAUACUUGGCUGCUGGAGAGUAUGAAACAGCAUUAACAGUCCUCAACACUUAUGGUAAAAUCUCCACAGACCUGGACGAUGAUCUCAGUCUGGGGAGAGCCUAUGAAGCAACAGCCAAGGUGCUGCAGAGCCAAGGAGAAAUGAAGGAAGCAAUUAAAUAUUUGAAAAAAGUUCUGAAAAUUGCAAGAAACAAUUUUCAAAACCUAGAUAUUGUGAGAGCAAGUACAAUGCUUGGAGACAUUUACAAUGAAAAGGGAUACUAUAGCAAAGCUUCUGAAUACUUCCAGCAAGCUUUUGACACAACAAGAGAGCUAAUGAACAUGCCUCUGAUGAACGAAACAAAAGUUCAUUACGGGAUAGCGAAAGCGCACCAGCUGAUGUUGACAAUUAACAACUGUAUAGAAACUGCAGACAUCACCAGCCUUGACCACCUGCUGUCGUGGAAGGAGAGUCGAAGUGACAUUGCCCCUGACCUGAUUAUUGAGAAUUGAGCACUCAUACGUGUACAGAUGCAAACAUAGGAAUGUGACCGUGCCUGUGUGGGGGUAUGGAAGUGCUAGCUGAUGUGUGUACACAUGCAGCUGCUUCUUUGCAACAGAGAAUCUACAUGAACCUAAACAAAACAGAAACUGAGAGUAUCAUGAUUCACUGAGACAUUUUUCAACUUAAUUGCUGCUGAAAGAAAACUGCAUAAAAAGAAAAGGCAAAUGACAUACUAAAAUUGUGUCCUUAUCUGAAAAUGUGGGGGCUGACUUCAAGGUGGCGGCACAGAUGUGGUUAUGAAGAGAAGCAGAUAGAUGUGAGAUAUAUUUUUGUACAGAACCAGUAAGAGUUGUGGAUAGAUUACUCUUAGGGGUUAAAAAAAGGGUGGCUCCUAUGUUCUUGCCUUGAGCAACUGGGUAGAGAUUUGUUUUGUCCAGAAAGAAACACUUUGGAUGGGAAAAGCUGAAGUUCUAUUUUGAACAUGUUAUAUUUUUAGAUGUUAUAAUGUGUAUUAGGUCCUCAAAGAUUUCAAACAGGAGUUGGAUAUUCAAAUCCGGAGCUCAGAAGACAGGAUGGGACUGCAGAUACAAAUUCAGGAGUCAUAGAUUAUGGCUAGUAUUUGUAGCAGUGGUCAUUAAUAACCCUGAGGGAGUAGAGAGAGAAAUGAGAGAAAGGGACAAGGUCUGAGAUAGUCAGACUUCUAAAAGUAUAAAUUGCAUAGGAGAGAAGGGGCUAGCAAUAGAAAGCAAGAAAGAAUAGACAUAUCCUGAAAAAACAUAUACUACAUACCCUGAAAAAAUUGCCACUGUAAAAUGCUUUAUUGUCAUUGAAAUGUAGAAUAAAUCUUUUUAAAGACUUUUAAAAUGCAUGGUUAAGUUAGCAAAAAGUAAGGUAAAUAUCCAGAGGCCUAAACCAUAAUGUCCUCAUUAUGCUUGAGGUAAAGCAAAGAAGUAGUUUGGCUUAAGCUCAAAAUUAAUGGCUGGGAUAAAGUGGGAAUGAUCCAAUAGAAAGAGAAGAAAUCAUGGUGAAAGAGAGGGGAAAAUUGUUAGAACAAUAUCCUUGUUUAGGCAAGAAGGAAUGAGAUCUAGUAAACAAAUAGAGGGGUUGGCCUUAGAUGGCAACACAGACACAUUCUCUAUUGAGAAUUUUUGUAACUCAAAAAAUUGCCAAUUUCUUACUGUAACAGGAGUGUGGGCAGAAUUUCUGGGCACAAGUCCAAGUAGAUAUGUAGAUGUGGUGGAAGUUUAUCAAAGUUAUCUUUUAAUUCCUCCACUUUUGUUAGUAAAAUAAGAAACAGCAUCAUUAUUUACAGGUAAAGAUGGAGGUUUAAAGAGAAAAGAAAAGGUAUGCAAUAGUUUUUAAAAAAAAUUUUAUCG